UCUCUGAGUUCUCCAAUGGAGUUGGAAAGCUUACUCGACUUCAUUCAGAACAAGAACAUUUUAGUCACUGGUGCCACUGGAUUUCUAGCAAAGAUUUUUGUGGAGAAGAUACUGAGGGUCCAACCGAAUGUGAAUAAGCUCUAUCUACUUUUAAGAGCUCCAGAUACAAAAACAGCUACACAGCGUUUGCAUAAUGAGAUAAUUGGGAAGGACCUGUUCAGAGUGUUGAGGGAGAAAUGGGGAGCAAGAAUGCACUCGAUCAUGUCGGAAAAGCUGACCGUGGUGCCUGGAGACAUUUCAAAAGAGGAUUUGGGGUUGCAGGAUUCUGAUUUGAGGGAAGAGAUUUUGAGUCAAGUAGAUGUCAUUGUAAACUUAGCUGCAACAACAAAUUUCGAUGAAAGAUAUGAUGUUGCAAUUGGUCUCAACACCAUGGGCGCCAAGUAUGUUUUGAGCUUUGCUAAGCUUUGUGUUAAGUUAAAGGUGCUGGUACACGUCUCCACUGCUUAUGUUUGGGGGGAGAAGGAAGGACUUCUACUAGAACACCCCUGCCUCAUGGGGCAGUCUCUCAACGGGACCCCUGGAUUAGACAUCGAGACAGAAAUCCGGAUCGCCAACGAAGAAGUUAGACGUCUUCGGUCAGAGCAUGCUUCAGAAGCAGCUAUCACUCUUGCCCUCAAAGACUUUGGCCUCAAAAGAGCAAGUGUAUACGGAUGGCCAAACACUUAUGUGUUCACCAAGGCAAUGGGAGAGAUGCUAAUAGGAGAGCUCAGAGGAAAUCUACCGGUUGUCAUCGUACGCCCUACCAUCAUCACCAGCACUUACAAAGAACCUUUUCCUGGUUGGGUUGAAGGCAUCAGAACCAUUGAUAGCGUAGCAGUUGGUUAUGGUAAAGGAAAAUUAACAUUCUUUCUCUGCGACGUUGAGGCAAUUGUUGAUAUCGUACCAGCAGACAUGGUGGUGAAUGCAAUAAUAGCAGCAAUGGCGGCUCAUGCAAAUGAACCUGGUGAAGUAAUUUAUCAAGUGGGUUCUUCUGUGAGCAACCCGGUCAAAUACAAUGAUCUUCACGAUUACGGUUUUCGUUACUUCACCAGAAAACCUUGGAUUAAUAAAGAUGGAAAGCCAGUCACGGUUAAAAAGGUCACAGUUAUGAGCAGCAUGGAUAGCUUUCACAGAUACAUGACCCUCCGUUACUUGCUAUUCUUAAAGGGAUUGGAACUGGUGAAUAUGGCAUUUUGUCAGUACUUCGAAGGCACAUAUACUGAUCUCAGUAGAAAGAUCAAAUUUGUGAUGAGAUUGGUGGAACUAUACAGGCCGUACUUGUUCUUCAAAGGAGUUUUUGAUGAUAUGAACACGGAGAAGUUGCGAAUGGCAGUGAAAGAGACCACCACAGAGGCCGAUAUGUUUUACUUUGAUCCCAAGAUCAUAGAUUGGGAAGACUACUUUAUGAAAAUACAUAUUGUUGGGGUUGUCAAAUACGUGUUUAAAUGAACUCUAUAUCCAGAAUGGGUCAUCAUUCAUUCAAUUAUAUUCGAAACUGGUGUUUUGGACGCUCUCGCUGUGUUGUAUGUACUCAAGUCUGUUAUAAAUUAUCAUCAAGGGUUCGAAUUAUGAUACAAAAUUGUUAUUAA